UUCAGAUGUGUAAAGCUUCAUGCAACUAUGUUGCAGAUAAGAAAGGUAGCAUUUUAUAAUAGACAGUUACAGUGCUUAUGCAAACUUCCAAAGAAUCUAUGGCAGUCUUGGCAAUACACAGGUGUUGAUUAUCUGAAAGUCAGACAUAAAUCAACAACCAAGAAACCUUUAGAAGGACCAUUACAACAAGAAAAUAGCUCAUUCACAGAAGACUUCAGUUCGCUAUCAGAGUCCUAUAUUAAUCAAGACAGUAUUUCAUAUUAUGAUGGAGACCAAAUGCAGAGAAUUGUAAAAGAGCACCAAUCUCAUAAGCAAUUGGAAAAGGAAAUUGACACAGCAGACUUUUCUGAAUUUUAUAAGAAGUAUGGAGAAGAUUCAGCAAGUAGUAGUGAAAACACUGAAAACAGCAGUAUAACAAUUCUUCCGUUAAAUCAUGUUCUUAAGACUCUUCAAGAGGAACAUUUUAAAAGAUAUCAAAGUGGAGGCCAGGAGAAAAGGCAAAAAAGAACUCAAGUCCCAAGUGACUCAAAUAUUGAUAGAGAACAGAAAACUAUUAGCAAGGUUACUAAUUCCAAAAAAGGAAGAAAUGUUCAGAAGAAUUUUCAUCAGAAGUCAAAUACUUCACCAGGAAAGAAAAAAAUUGUUAUUAUCAAGGGGAAAAAUGAUAUUAAUAAGAAUAAAAUUGAUCAAAUAAAUGAAAUUCCUAUGAGUGAGAAUCAGGUAAAACCAUUGAUUGGAACAUUACAUGGAUUGUCAGAUGAAGGGAAAAAAUUUCUUGAUUUGUCAAAAAAAUCUGGAAAAGAAGCUGAGAGAAAGGAGAACACUGAAUCAAGAAUAAGAGAAAUAUUAAUAGAAGAAUUUAAUGGCAUUCAAAACAAGAAAUCUGCCAGUACAAUGUAUAGGGAGAGUAAGCUUGGAAUUCAGAUGCUCUCAUCUCCCCUAUAUGAACAACUUUUUUCUACUGUCACUCCGAAAGAAGAACAGGAGAUUGAAGAUGAUUUAGAGAGAAGCAAGGAACAUCUUAUUGCUCAAGGCUUGUGGGGAAAAGAACCAUCUGUUGUACCUGACUUUGAUUUCAAGUUGCCUCCAUUAAAAGAUAAAGAACUUGAUCAGCAUUUCCGCAUUAUUGCUGAAGAGCAAUGUGCACCCUAUAAAGAUCUGCUUAAUCAAUUGGUAGGUGCUGAUAUACCAAGUUUUCCCAGAAAAUGGCAGUUUAUUUCAGGAUGGACUCGUUAUAAUCCUAAUGGAACUUUCACAGCAGUUGAUUACCCAGACUGUAAAGCUUUAGUUUUUGAUGUGGAAGUGUGUGUAGAAGAAGGGAAAGGGCCAACUUUGGCCACUGCAGUUUCAGAUAAGUAUUGGUAUUCUUGGUGUAGUAAUUUAUUGGUUGAAGAUCAAAGAGAAGGAAAAGGAAAAGAAGUUCUUUACAAUGACCUUAUACCUCUUGAAUCAUUGAAAGAAACUGGCUUAGAACAGGACAAGAGCAUGCCAAGAGUUAUCAUUGGGCAUAAUGUUAGUUAUGAUAGAUUAAGGGUAUGUGAGCAAUACCAAGUGGAGGGAACGCCAUUACGUUUUGUGGAUACAAUGUCAUUACACAUAGCUGUAAGUGGACUUAUUUCAGAGCAGAGAGCAAUGAUGCUCAAAAAUAAAAAUGCAGAUAAGAAAGUUAGGCUUCCUUGGAUGUUUGUUGGAUGCCAAAACAGUCUUAAUGAAGUCUUUAAGUUUUACUGCCGCACAGAUGAAGAACUGAAAAAGGAUACUCGAGAUGUAUUUGUCAAAGGCAGUAUUCUUGAGAUUCGAGAAGAUUUUCAAAAUCUGAUGAGUUACUGUGCUAAUGAUGUGAAAGCUACACACAUGGUACUAGUAAAGUUGUUACCACUAUUUUUUGAACGACUUCCUCAUCCAGUAAGUUUUGCUGGUAUGUUAGAAAUGGGAACAACAUUUUUACCGGUAACACAGAACUGGCAUAAGUAUAUCAGUGCUGCAGAGUCUGAGUUCCAUAGAAUGGAAAGGCUGCUAAAUGAAGAAUUGGUGAAACAAGCUAGGGGAGCACUAAAAUAUGUAGAUAACAAAGAGUAUGAAAAUGACCCAUGGCUUUGGAGUCUGGACUGGUCAGUACCAAAAGGAAGAGUAAAGAAAUUACCUGGGUAUCCAAAUUGGUAUAGGAAAUUAUGCGCGCACACUGGUGAAAGGGAAGGUACACCUGAACCUGAAAACAUGAGCACAAGUUUACAGGUUGUACCAAGACUGCUAAGAUUAACCUGGAAUGGGCUUCCUCUGCAUUAUGAGAAAAAAUAUGGUUGGGGAUACUUGAAACCUAUGUAUGAUAGUGUGAAUGAAAUAUCAUAUCAGAAAACAACAUUGGACAGCAACAGUGUGUGUCAGACUUUUCCAGUGAAUACUCUCUAUAAGAUGUAUGCUGGCCAGAAAAUUGAUAU